AUGGGGUCCCUGCUUCUCAGCACGCCCAAAAUCACUUCCCGGACAAAUCCCAUCCAUCCUCCUGUCAUCCAGACUAUGCCCUCUGCACUGCCGCAGCCAGAUUGGUCACUGGUGCUCCAAGGUUCAAGCACAGACAGCUGGAAAUCACGGCAUCAGCUUGAAUCUGAGUUGACUGAACUGCGGGCACACCUAAAACGGGCCCAAGUGCAGUCGCAGGUGCAGUCACAAAUGCUUCAAGAGGGUCAAGCCCAAUGCCUGUCCUCCAAUGAGUUCUUUGAUCAAGUGCGGAGCAUAGAGAUGGAGAAACAGGAGAAGAAUGCAGAGAAAUUGAGAAAAAAGGCUUUGAGAGAUGAUAAAAAGGCUGCAAAAGCUGCUCUGGAGGAGCAGUGGGUCAAGAUCAAAGAGGACCACACCGUUAAGGUGGCCAAAUGGGAAAAGGAAUGUGCGAAAAUGGUUGGGAAAGGUGCCCGGAAGAAGGACUUACUAGCCAAGCCCAAGUGCACUAAGAAACCACGGCUCCAGGAGGAUGCAGAUGACGAUGACGACAAGGAUGACGGUUGUCAAGAUGAAUCAUAG